AUGAUUACCACGAAACACCAUUCGAUAUUUGAUUUAUCUGACUACGACUACGAUAGAGAAGAUACAACCACGAUGAGUUCAAGAACACACGAUACAUACACCAGUGGGUAUAACGACACGCCGCAUGAUGAGCUCAUAUCAACAUUAUCAUCGAAUUCACUCAACUCGCUAUUUGACGUUGAGUCCCUGUUUCAUUCAAACAGAGCAUAUCCCGAAACAUCAACCGUUACACCAGCUUUAUCGAGACAUGAAUCAUUCAAAAAGAAAGCAACAACGGAUACAGCGAAAUUUCAUGAAGACUUCACAGCCAAACUUCAGUCCAAGCUACUGGCUUGCCACAAUCACCGUAUCACGGGUAAACAGCAACCACCACAAACUAAAGUUGUCGUGCUACUAGUAGGCUUACCUGCAAGUGGCAAAUCUACAUUGUGUCACCAAAUCAAAGACUUUAUACACUCAACCACCGACUACAAAUGUGGCAUUUACAACGCUGGAGACGUUCGAAGAAAAAAAUCAAUCACGUUCAACGAUGCUAGUUUUUUCAACCCCAAUAACCAAUCAGCUCAAAGGGAUCGUGACCUUUAUGCUACAAUCACAUUGAAUCAUCUAUUAUCGGAUCUAGAUAACAAAGGGGUUGAUAUUGGAUUCCUCGAUGCAACGAAUACGACUGUUGAGAGAAGACAAAAGAUGUUGCAACUCAUCAACUCGAGAAAUUUGGCUACACUUGUUCUUGAAGUGGAGAGCCGAUUUGCUGAUUUCAACAUUGUGACUGGAAAGCUCAACAAUGCCGACUACAUCCAUCAUGACAACAAAUUGGCGUUCAAUGAUUUUAAGAACCGACUCAAGCAUUACGAGAGUGUUUAUGAGCCAGUGAGCUGGGAGGAGUUGGAUGAGACUCAAGUUACUGCAUAUGUAAAAUGUGUCGAUGCAGGAGAAACUUUCCAAAUGGUUAAGAGCAAAGAUGUGGAGGAAAAGGAAUUGGACGCUGAAAAAAGUGGCAUUGAAGAAGCUAAGUUCUGGUACUUUAAAGUGUUGCAAGAUUUUAUUGAUCAAUAUGAUCAACUGAUUGGUAUUGAAUAUCGAAAAAGGGCAAAAGAGUUCAACUUGAAGGAAUUUGUAUAG